CCGAAGGCGAAGACAUUUGCUUCUUGGCACACCCAAUGGAAAUUGAAGAACACAAAAGCAUAUGGAAGUCGGAGGAGGAAGAAUCAUUGGUUUCGGCGGCGGUGGGCCGAGUUAUGACAACCCUUCUUACUGCUCGACCUACUAAGCUCAUCGACUCCAUUUCUCGCCUUCAAUCAUCUCUCAACCCUCCUAAUCCACUUGUUUUUUCGUUGGAGAACUCGUUGCGGAUUCUUCACAAAUAUGUUAGGGAUGGAGCUGAAAAUGAAGGUUCUCUGGAUGAAAUUCUGAUUCCCAUGAUUGAACAUUCGUUAAGAAGUAAGGAGUCGAGAAACAAGAACCAGGAGUUGAUUCUUCUCAAUUGGCUCUUUCAAGAUGAAGUUCUUUUUCAAGCUUUAGCAAGAAGCUUUUCUGACAUUGUGGUGAGGAAAGAUGACCAUUAUAUUGCCUUAGGCUGGUGUAUCCUUUCACGUCGUCUCAUAGAGUAUGAAGUGACUAUGAGCAAGUUUUCAACAACUGGGAUAAAGGAAAGGUACACUGGACUCUUGGAGACUUUGUGCACAUGCAGCACACAUCUAUUGUCUCUAAUCAACAGUGGGAGUACUUUGCAGGGUGGAUUUGAGUUACCAACUCGUCUUUCAAUGGCUGCUGCAGAUUGUGUAAUAGCCCUUAGUGUGGCAUUAACAAGAAAGGAGAAACCAUCUGACACUUUAGAGAACAUUAAAAAACCAUCCAAACAUCCACAGAUAUCAGUAGGAGCUAUUGGUGUUCAUAGAACAGCAAAGCCAAUCAGUCCAGUUUCUGAAUUCACAAAGGAUGUGGACAAAAGCUUGUUGCUUUGGAAUCUUCUUGAUCAGCUCAUUCCACUUGUGCAGAGACUCCUUGCAUGGAGCAGGAAAAGUCGAUCUUUGCAUGCAAAAGGAUUGGAAAGAGUUCUCAAAUGGUUGCACGAGACAAAAGAGGACUAUCAUUCUUCUCAAGAUCAGACAGGUUCACAGAAGGUUAAAACGGGAAUUUUGCUUCUCUCAUCUUGUUGGAAACACUAUGGGAUUCUUCUGCAUUUGGAAGAUCAUCGGCUUUCUAAUUGUCAUAAGGAAUUGCUGGAUCAAUACUUGUCUGGAAUUGAGUAUUAUGCAGGGAACUACACCACAGAUCACAUUGACAAUAAGGAGAGUGGAAUAGCAACCAUAAAUUUCUUCAUAAAUUGCUUAUUACUUCUCUUAGGGCAUUUUACUUCAAAGCAAUUUGAUACUGCCAUGGCAGAACACAGGCUGGAUAUUACUCGUGUUGUUACAUCACAGCUUUCUUCAGCUGAUGAUGAUGUGAUUGAUGGUGCUAUUUCAAUUCUAAAAGCAAUCAUCUUUGGAACAAAUCAUCUUGCAUUAGGGCACAAUCUUACAGACACUAAACAGAUGAAUUCCAUGUUGCCUUUACUACUAAAUCUUUUGGAUGAACGUGAUGCUACAGCCAAAGCUGUUGUAACAUUAAUUGCUGAAUAUUGUUCCAUGAGCCCAGAUAAAUACUGCCUUGAAGAAAUUCUAAAGCUUCUUGCUAGUGAAAAUAUUGGUCAAAGAAGGAAUGCUUUAGAUGUUCUUUCAGAAGUCAUCCACAUUUCAUCACAUUCAGAAGCUACACUUUCACAUUCAGUUUGGCAGGAUAUAGCAAACCAUUUGCUUGAUUGUCUCAAAGAUGAAGAAGAUAUAAUUCGUGCACAUGCAACCAAACUACUAAAACUUAUUGAUCCUUCAUUAACAUUGCCUGCAUUAGUAAGUCUGGUUUACUCAUCAGAUGCAACAGUACAUUCAUCUGUUGCUACCACAUUACUUGACAUACUCACAUACAACAACCAGAAACCAGAGGUUAUCUUAAUGCUGUUAGAUUUUAUGAGUAAUCUCAAUGCAAUCUCAGAUCAUCAGAAGGGAAUAAAGGGGGAUGCUGAUAGAGUUUUCAAGUUGAUACCAGAGUGGUCAAGAUCUGUCACAAAUUGGAAAUUAUUGGUGGGACCAUUAGUAGACAAGAUGUUUGCUGAGUCAUCAAAUCCGAUUAUUGUGAAGUUUCUAAGUUAUAUAAGUGAUCAGUUAGCAGGAGAAUCUCAUUUAGUCUUCCAACAAAUUCUAUUAUAUACAGAAUCACAAACAGAAAUUGAUGAAAGCUUCUUGAGUGAACUUAACAUAUCCCCUACAGAAAAUGAUAUAAAACUGCAACAUUCUCUCUUUGAUCGACUUUGUCCACUGCUUAUCAUACGCCUUCUUCCAUUAAAAGUUUUUAACAACCUCAAAUCCUCCCUUGUUUAUGGUGAUCUUCUCAGCCAAAAUAAUACUAGAAUCGACAUCAGCAACUCUCAGUGUAUUGCAGCUCUCCUUCUCAAAAGGGCAUUCAACAAGCUUGAAUUUGAAGAUGUGAGAAAACUAUCAGCUGAGCUCUGUGGGCGACUUCAUCCCAAUGUUCUCUUUCCAUUUGUUUCAUCUGAACUAGAAAGUGCUACAAAUGAUCAUGAUAUACUGAAGAUAAAAGCCUGUCUCUUCUCAAUUUGCACAUCCCUAGUGGUUAGAGGCAUGGAGUCAGUUAGUCAUCCAUGCAUGAUGUCCCAAAUCAAAGAAUCAAUAGAAACUGUUCUUUUAUGGCCAUCAACAGACAAAGACGAAAUUUCAAAAGCACAACACGGAUGUAUCGAUUGUCUUGCAAUAGCCGUGUGUUCCGAGCUUCAAGAUCUGAAGCUACUGAAAAAUAAUGACACCUGUACAUUUCAAGCUUAUGUUCUUGACCAAUUGACUUGUGAAGACCUAAAAUUAAUUUCUUCCAAAAAUAUGUCAAGAAAUCAGAUGCUAUCAUUUCGAUUAUGCAUGGCAAAUGUCCUCAUCAGUGCUUGUCAGAAGAUUUCAGAUUCUGGCAAGAAACCCUUUGCUUUCAAAACUCUCCCGCGAAUUACUCGCUCUUUUGGUAAUGUGAAGGAACCUGAGAUCAGAUCUGCAUGCAUCCAGGUUCUUUUCUCCAUUGUGUACCAUUUGAAAUCCGUUGUGCUUCCGUUUUCUUCAGAUCUUCUUAAAGUCUCCUUGGAAUCUCUAAAGAAUGGUUCCGAAAUGGAAAGGAUGGGUGGUGGGAAGUUACUAGCAUCAUUAAUGGCAAGUGAGGAAGUGAUUGUGCAAAGUAUUUCAGAAGGGCUUUUGGAAGCAAGAACAAUACUUUCAACUAUAUCUCAAACCGAUACUUCAUCAGGUGUUAGGCAAUUGUGCACACAAUUGCUUACAUGUAUCACUUCUCCCUAGAUUUUCUUUAACUUUUGUUCAAGACACUCUAGUUGUACAUUUGCUUUGUUGAAGAUUAUGGCUCUUAAAAUGUAAAUAUAGAACAUAGACCUUGAAAAAUGUGGAUAUGUAGUUGUACAAAAAUAUUCUAAGUGCU